GUUGACUCGAUCCUUGAGCAACGAAAAAGGAAAGGGGUUUUAGAAUAUUUGGUGCGUUGGAAAGAUGCUGACGCAGGAGAAGACACUUCAUGGGAACCUGCAGACUCAAUAAUUGCUGACUGUGCUCAAGCUGUCAAAAGCUUCUUGAAAGCGAAAAGUGCUAAGAGGUCGUCGUCAAGAUCAAGAAAGUCUUCUCGUUCAAGGUCAAGAUCUUCAUCCCGAAGUCGCAAGGCGACAACGAAAAAAGAAACAACGAAAACAGCUGUUAGGAGGUCCUCAAGGUCCCGAUCAAAAGGCAGAUUGUCCAAAACGUCCACAGAGGAAAAGAAAGACGUUGAAGAGGUCAAAGAGAAGGCCCCUGUAAAAGAGAAAAGUCCUGAAAAAGUAACCGUCGUUGCAAAUAAUUCUUCCUCCACUGUGGUUGCAAGUGUUUCUACUAGCAGCACUACUACUCAAAGUGCUAUGGCAGAAAAGAAACGUUCAGCGAGUCCGGAGCAGGGUCGAGUGCUGAGGUCAUCUACAGUGGCAGCCAGAGAGAAGUUGGAGGUUCAACGUGUACACAACGAGCAGCGACCAGUACGGGAAGACGACAACCAACCCCGCAGUGCUGUUUGGAGGGUGGCAGACUAUGCUGUCAUUGUUCUGUUCAUCAUCUCUGUCAUCGCUGCUAUCUUCCUGUUUGUUGAGAAGUUUGUCGAUUUGGAGGACUUCAAGAAACAAGCAUUCCCCAACAUGAAUGUCUUGAAGGCCCGUCUCAUUGCAGCUCAGCAGAACCUGGUGGAGGUGGUGCAGACCCUUGUGGCCCGCGUCUCCCAGGUCUGGCUACACAUCGUUGACUCGGACAGCGCUGGACAUGCCCCACAGCAGUCAGUACCCACCAAGCAAUAAUGUCUGUGUCUUGGUUUUUUAAAAAUAAUUUAGCAAAUUGUAUAGACAAGCUGUUCUUGUUGGAUUAUAAUGCAUGUUCUGCAGUGAUGUCCAAUUAUGAAUUUAUAAUGGAAAUGAGUCUGAGAUGGAUGAAGGAUCAUCGUUUCUAGCACUCGAGAGAACAAAGGACAAGGCUCUGGUUGUCAUGAUCAGGUAUGGUUUUGCUUACAGGCUUCCAGUUUAAUGGUGAAGAGGUUGUGAGAUGUUCUACUUGGGAUCAAAGAUGACCUGCCGAAGCACAUCAAAAGAGUUUUUUGUAUUACCCUUUUUGUUCAGCAGAGACUCUUGAAAGGGCAUCAGUACAUCAAUCAAAGAAUUUCUACAUGGUUCAGUGUAUGAGAGGAUAGUCCCUUGCUUUUGAGUAAGCCAUGUAAUUGAAUUGUUGUCCUAUCACAUAUGAAAUACUAUGACGCAGCCCGUGUAGCUGGCCAAAGCUCUGUCUAGGGUACCUUGCUAGACGGAUUUGUUAGUUUGUGACCAUUCAUUCCAAUUUGAAGAUGACUUAAUCCCAAGAUGUUCACUUCAAUGAGCAAAGAACCACAUGUUGAAAGAUAAAGAUGCUUUGUAACAAAGCCAGUACGUGUCCCAGACAGAAUUCUUGUUUUCAGUCGGAUUUGUGAAAUGCUUUACUUUAGUAUGGUGCCCUUUAUUGGUUGUGCAUUGAGGGCAAAGCUGAUAAGUGUGACAGCAUCACAUGGUGCAAAGAUUAUGGAGUAAUGCCAUAGGUUCGUGAAUGGUGAAAUGCUUGUAUAUUUUUUGUAUAUUUUCUCUAAUACUUUGAAAUUAGUAUGUUAAGAAACGCCUGUAAAUGGUUUGGAGCAAGUUAAUCCACCUACAGUAUUUUAGGAAAGAAUGUUAUGAUGCCAACAAAUCGCUUUAUAUGCAUAGUAGUAUAUUUGAGAUUUUUUAUUGAUCUAUGCUCUUCAAAAGAUGAAUAGAUGAAAUAUUACUUUGAGGCAGCAUUUUAAGAGAGGUAUCAUGGCUUUAGUUUUAGCAUAACAUUGUCUCAUCAAAGGCAGAACAUUUAGGGACAUGUCCAAGAGGAUUUCACCUGAAGAGCAGAGAAAAAUUGAGAGCCUGACGUGCCGCCGAUAGAGAACAAAGUAGUCUAUAUAUGGCUGUCUGCAGACCAGGUUCGUCCCCGGUUUUGGAAAUCCUUAGUUGGCAUUCUGUUGCUCCAGUUCAGCAGACCCCUGAAUGGAGGUGUAUCACUUGGUCUGAUUGUAUCACUCUGUGUAUGGCAGUGGUGAAAUGUUGAUCAUUCUAUUUUGGAAGGUGUUGUCUUUAAUGCAUGCAUGCAGAAUAGCCUUUCAUGUUUCUAGUAUCAUUUAUGUGUUUUGUUAUGCGUUGAUGCAUUUUGUUUCUCAUUUUUAUCUUCAAGUAGAGCUUCUGUUUGGACUAUUUUGCAAUUGCUGGCUGUACAACAAAUGGGGUUCCCUGUUUCUGAGCCUGAAUUAAUUUGAUAUUUUGUUCAGAUACUCACUGAUGCACAUCGAAACAUUGAACAGAAGUCUUUGCCUAUGCCCGCAGUGCUCAGAAGGGCUCAUAAGUGUACAUUAAGUGAACCUUAGCGAAGAGGGAAAGGAACACUACCAUGUCAUUAAAAAUGUUUUAGUGAUUACAUACCUCGGUGGGGGGGGGGUAUACGCCUACCCCUGGUCACAAAGCUGACACAGCUACUCAGCGUCUUCCGGAGUACACACCUGGUCAUGUGUACAAUGCCAAUGAAACAGGGCUGUUUUAUAAAGGAAUCUCUGAUCAUGGUUAUGUCUGCAAAGGUGUUGAGCUGAGUGGUGGAGAAAAGAGCAGAAAUACAUGAUUGCUGUACUGAUGUGCACUAACAUGUGGGGACAGGUUAAGUUGUAAUUUUUGUUCAUUGGAAAAAACACUUGGCCACGUGGCUUUCCAAGUGACUGCUCCGGACUAGUUGUCAUCUAUUGCAACUCAGAAAAUGCUUCGAUGACAUGAGACAUUCUGAAACCUAUUUCUGUGGUAGUUUUUGAACAAGUAUGCAAUAAGUUUCUCAAGUUCAAGUGUAACUGAUCUCUUGACUAAAUUGUUAAAUUUAUAUAUGCAUAUUUUAAUGCUGUAUAACAAAAACAACCACGCUUGUUGCACAUCAUAGGCCUAAGUAUUCAAUCAGUGACCAUGUAGAGACCUUCCUUCAAAGGUGUAUUUUGAGUGACUAAUCGAAACAUUUCAAGUCAGUCACCCAAUCGUAUCUCUCACCCAAACCAAUGUCCAUGGAGAGCUGGUUGGGAAAACACUUUCACUGUGAUGCGUGAAAGGCAGUCUUGCCAAAUUAUAUGAUUGUCGACACUCGUCUUUGUGAAUGAUGCACACUGCCUCAGUUGUUACAAAAAGUUUCUGCUUGUCAAGCUUUACCUGUCAGUGUGUUUCACGCAUUGAGGCUUAUGUUUAGGGGAAGUGACCAUAGGUUUGUGUGUCUAAAUUAUAUAAAAACAUUUUUUUUUAAAGGUUUCGCUUGAAAGGCUGUACAUUUAUAUGGCAUGUGUUCAGGCAGAGACUACUGUAACUUUCAUAUGUCUGUAAGUUAAACUACCACUCCAAUGUUGAGUUGAUGAUCGCAGGUGAUUCAAUCAUACUUUAUUUACAUGUCGUGUACAUUGUAUGGUCUGAGUGGGUUUUUUUCAUUUUCUGCUUAAUUGCUUUACGGAGUUGGUGGUGUAUGCUGCUUGCUGGUGGUUGAAAAAGGAGCCACUGGUGGAUCCCACUUCUUUACUGUUCCAUCGAUAUUUUUGUCUGAAAUGCUUGGUUUUUCUCAGAUAGUCGAUUUUGGGCCCAUGUGCUUCUCUUUUACUAAAACAUUGUGUUACUUUUUGGCUCUGAGUCACAUAUAAUAAUUAGGCUGCAGUCUUCUGUUAUUAAGAAUGAACAUUAUAAAUUAUAAUAAUUUUUUUUCUGUACAUGACCAGAUUCGCCGAUUGAUGUGUGUCUGGUUUGUAUUAUAAUUAUAACAAAAUUAACAUUACCUGAUGCUAGGACCAAGCUCAGUUUCCUAUGACCUUUUUUUUUCAGUUGUAGUUGUAGGUAGAUGUUACAACAAUAAAGAUGGGUUGUUUUUUUUUGUACAUUCCUGAUAUGUUUCAAAAUCAAAUUGUGUACAUGUGAAGGACAUAGAGAAUCUAAGAAUUUUCUAGACUAGUUUUUUAAAUUAAAAAAAAAAGAAUUUUAGUUAACUCCAUAAUAAAUUCAACAGUGUCAUUACUUUGAAAUUUUUUGUUUGUUCUUUCACAAUCUUUGCAUUCUGUUUCUUGUUUAAAUUAGAAAUAUUGAAACUUUUGUCAAAUUGUCUCCUGUCACUGCCUAUUACUAUUACAUUACGUUUUCUGUCUUAAUGUUUUGUCUAUAGUUGGCCUGUAAAUUUUAUAUGCCCCUGUUGUCUGUUAUAAUAGUUCUGCUUUUUUCCUGCACUGUAUAACUGAAUUUAGUUAUCAUAUCAAAAUCUGCAUGAUGUAGCUGGUCUUGUGAAACCUAUACUGGUACUUUAUUGAUAUAUAUAACAUAUUUUGUACUCCCAUCUAUCUUUGUGUUUGACAAUCUCAAGGAUUAGGAUGCCAGUUGUGUCGGUGACAUUGUCUCCCAUGUUGUGCCCUGACUCUUGACUGGAUUUAAGUUGUUUAUAAAUGGAAACAUCUGUUGUCAUACUCUUGCAGAGUCAGAGCUAUGAGAGGAUCAGUUUUUUAUGGGUUUUGCCUCAUAAUGAGUCAUACUCAUAAAAUGAGUUACAAAUUCUGAACCAGUUCAGGUUGUUUAAUUCUAAUACUAUCCAGUGUAACGUUAGUAUGUUCUACUCUGGAGUUCACUGGCAGGGUGUUGCUACACUACUGCUGCAUGGCAGGGGAUUUCUCUUUCAGAGCUUUAUUGACUGUGUCAUUUUUUUUGUUUCCUUCUGGCUAGUUUUAGCUUGACAUGAUAAGUAAAAAUGGCAAACAUGAGAGCUCGUAUCUCAUCUUCUUUUCUACCCAUUGCUAGUCCCACAAAACACUUUUCUGCUCAUGUUAUCUCACAGCAAAAUGUUUCAAAUGACAGUCCUCAGGCAUUUCAUUACCAGUAUUGGUGGCAAGUAUUAUUCCUUGCCAUGACUGUCUUUUUGUUUGUGGAGAGAGGACAGAGCAUUGUGUGUUUCUGAUGAUUUGUCUUUUUUCCAAAUGUUCAAAGCUAAACAUUGUAGUUUGGUCAUGAUGAAAGCCAAAUAAUUUUCUAAUUCAUUUUUUAUCUAAAAUAAACACUGUAUUAUCACAGACAGCUGGAGAAAUUUGA